AUGGCUUCGAAGGUGGGCCCCCGAAUCGACGCCCGUGCCCCCCAUAUGUACGUGGAGGAUGUGCUAAAAACGCGUUACCUUGUGCGUGACAUCGAACGCCACCGAGUGAUUGUGCGGGAAAACAAGGAGCUGCUGAAGCGAAUCAAUCAAAUCUACCGUACCAAGGGGUUCCUGCACAUCAACUACAGCUACCGCGUGCACCAGAGCCUGAACUUAGAUGCACGCACACGCAAGGCACGUGCGAUCGAGCUUCAAAAUCGGGCCCUCCUUAAUCGGUUGCUCCGGCGCAAGGCAACGGUGGACAGCAAUUUGCCGCGCGAAAAAAAACUACCCUGGUGGUUGCCUCCGGCCAACCGGAUACCGGAUGGACAGCAGCGUGUGUUGAUCGAUUUUUGGGAACGAACGGAUCGUCGUCUAUGCCGGCUCGUAAUUGACCUGUGCCCUGAGGUGUCACCGGAUGAGAUAACGCUUGGGCGGGGAAAAUUGUUCCGAAUCUACGCUGGCACCAUGCUGGUGGUGCGAGCUGGAAGUGCCCAUUUUGACGAGGAACCGCUUGAUGGUCACGAAACGCUGCAAAACGUAAGGAGGGGCUCUUUCGUGAAGCAGAUGCAGGAUGGGCGCGAGUACUACCUGGUGACGCUGCGAACCAUCGAGUCGAUUGCCGAUGGGAAGCUGCUUGGGCGCGUUGCUUCGGGCGCAAUGGAUAAGCUCGAUUUGAUCGAUUUCUACGGUUCAAAAUUCGGCCGCUGCAAGGACCCGCUGUUUUUCGAUACGUUCGAGCAAAUAAACUACUAG